UUCCUUCCUUUCUUGUUUCUGCCCGCUAAAGAGACGCUCACAGCAGAAGAUGGCUCCUCGCAAAGGGAAGGAGAAGAAGGAGGAGCAGGUGAUCAGCCUGGGCCCUCAGGUGGCCGAAGGAGAGAACGUCUUCGGAGUCUGCCACAUCUUCGCCUCCUUCAACGACACCUUCGUCCACGUCACCGACCUGUCCGGGAAGGAGACCAUCUGCCGCGUGACCGGCGGGAUGAAGGUGAAGGCGGACAGGGACGAGUCGUCCCCGUACGCCGCCAUGUUGGCCGCUCAGGACGUCGCUCAGCGCUGCAAAGAGCUCGGAAUCACGGCGCUGCACAUCAAGCUGAGAGCCACCGGAGGCAACAGGACGAAGACUCCUGGUCCCGGAGCUCAGUCGGCUCUCAGAGCUUUGGCUCGAUCUGGAAUGAAGAUCGGACGCAUCGAGGACGUCACUCCGAUCCCGUCGGACUCGACCAGGAGGAAGGGCGGCCGCCGCGGUCGCCGUCUGUAAACCAGCAGAUGUGAUCAAUAAACCGUCAAACUCACGACCGAGUCUGAGUCUCUGUUCACCUCCGAUCAAUACAGCUGAUCGCCUCGCUGCAGCGGAUCAAUACUGUUGAUGAGUGAAUGAACGUGUUGGUAGUUGAGCGUGACGUGAGCGAGGUUUAAUGUUUCUGCUUCAUGACGUCACGUUUAGUUGAACAUCAAACAUCAGGAUCAACGGGACGGUUUGUGUGACGAGUUCAAAUCAGCAGAGAUGAACGGUUCGGUUCUGGAUGUUCAGAACAUUCUGCCCUGACCCAAACCCGGACACGUUCUCUGUUCUGUUCUGAGAACGUUUGAAUAAAAACAUUUGAGUUAAA